CAAUUUUUCCCCAAAUUCAGUAUCAGUAUGUAAGCAAUAAAAAACAUCUUCUAAAUUUUAGGGCAAAAAAUCUAAUUAAUUUUGCCCCCAAAAUCCAGCUAUCGCCGUCUCUCUUUCUCUCUCUACUGACGUAUAUUCUCUCUCUCCCUCUCUUCGAUUUCCCCCUUCUGUCUCGGACUCUCGGCGGUAAGCUCUCCGAUCCCGGUCGAUCGAUUAAUGCAGUUUUUGCUGCAUAGGUCGUGUGAACUUUAAAGAGGAAGGAAGACUUAGAGACAUGAGUUAUUCAUCCUAAUAAUGGAUGGAAACUCAAGGUAUGAAUUGAUGUCAGCCAGUUCAGAUACUAAUUUUGCUGGUAACUACCAGAGUAGCCAGAGGGGAUACGCUUCUCCCUCUUUGGGUCGGUCCUCAAGUUUCAGAGAAGGUUCAGAAAGUAGGAAUAUUAGUUCUGGGAAGGCCAAUUCUCGAGGCAGUGCUAUUUCACCGGGAGAUGUGCCUUCAUUAUCUCAAUGCCUAAUCUUGGAGCCGAUUGUUAUGGGUGAUCCAAGACAUGCUCGGUCUGGUGAGUUGAGGAGGGUUCUCGCUAAUUCAGCUGGGAGCAAUUCGGAAGAAAACUCUUUCGGAUCUGCUCAUCCGAAGAAUUCACCUCCAGCUGCUGUUGAGGAGCUAAAACGAUUAAGAGCAAGCGUCGCAGAUACUUGUUUCAAAGCCAGCGGUCGAGCUAGAAAGUUCGAUGAGCAUUUAACUAAGUUGAGCAGAUAUGUUGAGGCCUUGCCCUCUAAGAAGCCACAGCAGCUGCGGAAUGAGUUGUUGACGAAUGAAAGAUCUAGUGGUGCAACUUUGAAGAUAUCUCAGAUACAUCGGAACUCUUCUGAACUGGGAAGUCAGAAGUUUGAUGACCGGUCUAAGAAUGUUGGUCUCAGUAAGCGGUUGCGUACCUCAGCAACUGAACCUCGGGCAGAAUGCAGGAAUAAUGCAGUACUGCGCCAGCCUAUGAUAGUGACAAAAGAAAGAGACAUUCUAAAAGAUAAUAUUGCAGAUUCUGAUAUGGUUGAGGAAAAAAUAAGAAGGUUGCCUGCAGGUGGAGAAGGAUGGGAUAAGAAAAUGAAAAGGAAACGCUCUGUUGGUGCGGUAUCUUCAAGAUCCCUUGACAAUGAUGGUGGACCGAAACGGAACAUGCAUAAUAAGCUUUCUAUUGAUUCUAGCAUGCUCCCUGGUGAUUCUGCCCAUGGUUUUAGAUCAGGAUCUUCGAGCGGUAAUAAGCUAGAGCCUAUGCCAUCUCCUGCUGGUUCUACUCCACGGCUAACUUUCAAAAGUGAACAAGAAAAAUCAAUGCUCUCAAGGGAUGUGUCCGCGGGACUAAUAAAGGAACGACCUCUGGGAAAAGUAAAUGUCAAGUUGAAUAAUCGCGAGGAGAACCAUACAAUGUCAUCUAGUCCAAUUGUAAAGGGAAAGGCUUCAAGGGCACCACGGAGUGGCUCUACGGCUGCUGCUAAUGCUCCUCGUGUGGCUGAAACUUUGGAGAGUUGGGAACAGGGCCAAGUUGUGACUAAAAACACUUCCAUUGGUGGGCCUAACAAUCGCAAGCGUCCCUUACCUUCAGGAUCAUCCUCUCCCCCAAUAACUCAAUGGGUUGGUCAGAGGCCACAGAAGAUGUCACGAACAAGGAGAACAAAUCUUAUCCCAGUAUCAAACAGUGAUGAAGUACAGAUGCAAUCUGAAGGGUGUUCUCCUACGGACUUUGGUCCGAGGAUAAGCAUUGGUGGGAUCAACUCUUCCCUUCUUACCAAGAGUUCAGCUAAUGGAAGCCAAAAUUUUAAAGUAAGAUCUGAAAAUAUUUCAUCUCCAGCCAGAUUGUCUGAAAGUGAAGAAUCUGGUGCUGGUGAGAGCAGAAUAAAUGAUAAAGGUGUGGGAAGUUGGAAUCAGGAAGAAAGGACUGCAAAUGGGCCAAGUGUUGGGCCAUCAACAAUCCCUAUAAAAAAGAAUAAAAUUGUUGCCAAAGAAGAUAUUAGUGAUGGUGUGAGAAGGCAAGGGCGAAGUGGACGAGUUUCACCAUUUUCGAGGGCUAGCAUUUCACCAACAAGAGAAAAAUUGGAUACUGUGGUGGCAACUAAGCCUCUUCGAAAUGCAAGGUCUGGUUCUGAGAAGAGUGGAAGCAAGUCCGGUCGUCCUUUGAAAAAGCUGUCGGACCGCAAAAACUUUUCUCGUCUUGGCCAUAUGACAAAUGGGGGAUCUCCUGAUUGCAGCGGAGAGUCAGAUGAUGACCGAGAAGAACUCAUGGCAGCUGCCAAUCUGGCCUGCAACUUUAGCAUCAAAGCAUGUUCAAGUGCCUUCUGGAAGACAUUUGAGGCAUUGUUUGCUUCUAUUGGUCCAGAUGAAAAAUCAUACUUAUCACGAGAGCUAAAAUUGGCUGAAGAGUCAUGUACAAGUUUGUCUCAGUACCGGAGUAAUGGGAACUUUGAUCAGGACGAUUCUUGCCGUAAGGAUAUGCCAGCUUCUGGCUCUGUUUCUUUCAGAAGCAACCAUUGCUCGAAUUCUUUGGAUAGGAUGGAUUCUGUUGAGCAGCAUCAGAACUCCUCCGUAGGUGGGUCCUCAGAUGCAGAGAAAACAUUUGGUAAAAGUACUCCACUUUAUCAGAGGGUACUAUCUGCUCUCAUCGUGGAAGAUGAAAUUGAAGAGUUUGAAGAAACUGGAUUUGGGAGACCAAGGAAUUCAGCUAAUAAUUCAUACUUCCUCUCUGAAACUGAAAGUCAGCAUAUAAGCAACUUAGACUUCUCCGAGCCAGUAAUUGGUGCUCAGACAAGGAAAAAUGGUAAUGUGCAUAAGAUUUUUCCUUGUAAUGGGAAUAUGGAUGUGGAUAGGAGCCCCAGUGCACAAGACUAUAUGUGUAAUGGUGAUCUGACACAAAAAGAUUGUUUCAUGCACUCAGAGGUUGAAGUUUUGGUUAGGCUUUCAAGAUUUGAGCAUGCUCCACAAAGUCUGCUUCCGAAUAAUAGUGGCAUUUCUUCCUUAGAUUUUCAAUAUGAGCAUAUGAGUGUUGAAGAAAAACUUGUAGAAGAACUGCAGAGCAUUGGCCUGUUCCUGGAAGCUGUGCCUGCAUUGGAUGACAAAGAAGAUGAGGGAAUCAACCAUAAAAUUGCUCGGUUGGAGAACGGACUUCUUGAACAGGUUCGAAAGAAGAAGACAUGCUUGGAUAAAAUAGAUAAGGCUAUUCAAGAAGAAAAUGACGUUAGAAGGGACCCUGAGCAGGUUGCGAUGGACAUGCUUGUUGAGUCGGGGUACAAGAAACUUCUGGCAACUAAAGGAACCUUGGCCACUAAGCUUGGGAUUCUUAAGGUGUCAAAACAAGUUGCUUUGAAUUUUUGCAAGAGAACGCUUUUUAGAUGCCUUAAAUUUGAAGAUUCGGGUAUCAGUUGUUUUUCUGAACCUGCACUCAGGGAGGUCGUAUAUGCACCACCUCCUAAGUUCUCGGAGAUGGAGCUACUUUCAGGUGUUAACCCAGCAGCUUCCAAUGAUACACUUGGGACUUCACCUCGUUUUGAUCAUGGUGUUGCUAAAAAUGGGCCAGUAUCAAAUAGAGGAAAGAAAAAGGAACUAUCGCUCUACGAUGUAGGUGGUUCUGUCUUCCGAUCUUCGUCUGGUCUAGGCAUCUCUGGCAGUGCAAAGGGAAAGAGAAGCGAAAGGGAUAGGGAUUCAAGCAAGAACGGAAGGCUGUCCAUGGGUGGCGCCAAGGGCGAGCGCAAAACAAAAACGAAACCCAAGCAGAAAACCGCUCAGCUUUCCAUGUCUGGAGUCAAUAAUAUCACGGAAACAGACGGUGAAGCAGCAAACAACAGGAGAAAAGAUGUUAGAUUCAUGUCUUCCGGUAAUGCCCCUCCCGAGUCAUCGAAAGACGCGGCUGACUUCUCAGCUCUGCCCCUCGACAACAUCGACGGGAUAGAAGAGCUAGGCGUGGAUGGUGACACAGGCGCACCGCAAGAUCUCAAUUCAUGGUUCAAUUUUGAAGUGGACGGUGAAGAACACGAUGACGUCGUUGGCCUCGAGAUACCCAUGGAUGACCUCUCAGACCUACUCAUCUUCUGAGCCCUUACUCCCUCGUUGUACAGCUUCUCGGAAUACUGAUUUGUUUAGAGGAAUCGACUGCUCAUUUUUUUAAAAUUUCAUCGUCUUGGCCUAAUGGCUGUUGUAAGUAUACAUUUUUGUUGUAAUUUAGGAAAAUAUUCAUAGUCAUCCUAUAUUUAUAUUUCAGAGUAAUUCUUUUCUCCAGUAGGAGAUGCUCUGAGUGUAAUUUCAUACAGUCUCUCUAUUUUAUUCAAAAAAUACAAGUUUGAUGGCAA